AUGGCUGCAGCAGAGGUGGAGGAUCUUGGUGCUCGGAAAUGCCUUUGGUCCUUAGUUCUGGUGCGGUUCCUCCUGUCAGCUAACCUGCGUCCUUCCUGCAACUGUUUUCAGCAGUUCCCUCCCAUGCUGCCGCGGACGGUGGUGGGGCAUCACGUAAGGCGGAUCUCGCCUUCCAUUCCUCCCUGCACUGGCUUCUGCAAGAGCCCCAACCAUGGUCUUCUGGCCUCUACCUACCGUGCUUUGGGUCCCCGCCUAGACUGGGGCUUCCUCUUGGUAAACUCUCCUGGGGUUGGGGGCCUCGACCCUCCGCUCCCCGCCAGGACCAGAUUUGCAGAGAUGGGAAGGGUGUCUGCGCGCGGCCCCGGUCCGGCCAAAUAUAGACACCAAGUCUUCUCUGCCGGGGACCGAUUUGGCGGCGGGGGGAGGGCGCAGACCUCUGCCCCCUCCGGAGACCCCGCCCGCUCCGAUGGCUGCGGGCGGCGGCGAGAGGGUGUACCUGGUCCUAAGCCGGGAGCGGGUUGUGCUCACGCUGCGACUCCUCUGCGGAGCCGGUCGGGAGUGCGCCGGGCGCGAAGGAACUGCCUCUGUCCGCGGCGUCUGAGCUCCGGUGCGGGCUGCGCGUUCCGGCCGCUGCCUGCGGCUCUCCAGGGCCGCGCUUCGCUGCAGACCCAGCUGCCGCUGCCAUCAACCCGGGGGGCGGGGCCUGGUCGGGGGCGGGGCCAAGGCCGAGGCGGCCCCGCCCCCUCCAGCGGCGGGAAAAGCGAGCGCCGCAGACUUCUCUCCGACGUCUGUGGGACUCAGAAGAACUCCAAAGGAUUAGGGCUGGACAUGAAGGCUGAGAGCACUCUGAAGUCCUGGCUGCCCUUCAGCUCAUCUGAUGCCUGAGGUCUGGAAACCAUCAUCACA